AGUGAAAGACACUCCCAGCUCAAACCACAUAAUCCUCCUCAGUACAGAGGUGUGCAGAGCCCUGACAGAGUGAAAGACUCUCCCAGCUCAAACCACAUAAUCCUCCUCAGUAGAGGUGUGCAGAGCCCUGACAGAGUGAAAGACACUCCCAGCUCAAACCACAUUAUCCUCCUCAGUAGAGGUGUGCAGAGCCCUGACAGAGUGAAAGACACUCCCAGCUCAAACCACAUUAUCCUCCUCAGUAGAGGUGUGCAGAGCCCUGACAGAGUGAAAGACACUCCCAGCUCAAACCACAUUAUCCUCCUCAGUAGAGGUGUGCAGAGCCCUGGCAGAGUGAAAGACACUCCCAGCUCAAACCACAUUAUCCUCCUCAGUAGAGGUGUGCAGAGCCCUGGCAGAGUGAAAGACACUCCCAGCUCAAACCACAUUAUCCUCCUCAGUAGAGGUGUGCAGAGCCCUGGCAGAGUGAAAGACACUCCCAGCUCAAACCACAUUAUCCUCCUCAGUAGAGGUGUGCAGAGCCCUGGCAGAGUGAAAGACACUCCCAGCUCAAACCACAUAAUCCUCCUCAGUAGAGGUGUGCAGAGCCCUGGCAGAGUGAAAGACACUCCCAGCUCAAACCACAUAAUCCUCCUCAGUAGAGGUGUGCAGAGCCCUGACAGAGUGAAAGACACUCCCAGCUCAAACCACAUUAUCCUCCUCAGUACAGAGGUGUGCAGAGCCCUGGCAGAGUGAAAGACACUCCCAGCUCAAACCACAUAAUCCUCCUCAGUACAGAGGUGUGCAGAGCCCUGGCAGAGUGAAAGACACUCCCAGCUCAAACCACAUAAUCCUCCUCAGUACAGAGGUGUGCAGAGCCCUGACAGAG